CUUCUGUGUGUGUGUUUCACCUGUUCAGUGAAGAGGAGUGAGAUACUGCUAGUUUCUCUCUCUCUCUCUCUCUCUCUCUCUCUCUCUCUCUCUCUCUGCACUGCUUCAUCUACACACACACACACACACACACACAGAGCGAGGGAUAGACAGUGAGAGAGCACAGUGGAGUGGGGAGAGACAGGAUUCUUAGUGGUCAGACUCUAAACCGCAUCCCGUUACCUCUAAAUGAAUCGGACUACAGCGAGCGACUUGUUGUGUGCAGCAGGAAAUCUGUUGUUUGUUUAAAUGUGUAUGGUCAUAUUCGCUCCGCUUUUUGCCAUCUUUGCUUUCGCAACAUGUGGAGGCUACAGUGGACAGCUGCGGGUUAGUGUGGACUGCGUCAACAAGACGGACAGCAAUCUCAGCAUCACCAUUAAAUUCACCUACCCGUUCAGGCUGAAUCAGGUGACCUUCACGGUGCCCACGUGUGAAGGCAGGCAGCAGGAGCAGCUCCACCUGGACGGAGACUUCUCUUCAUCUGCCGAGUUCUUCGUCACUAUCGCCGUCUUUGCCUUCCUCUACUCGCUGUUCGCCACCGUGGUUUACAUCUUCUACCAGAACAAGUACAGAGAGAACAACCGCGGCCCUUUUAUCGACUUCAUAGUGACGGUGGUCUUCUCCUUCAUGUGGCUGGUGGGUUCGUCUGCCUGGGCCAAAGCUCUGUCAGACGUGAAGGUGGCGACGGACCCUGAUGAAGUGCUUCUGCUCAUGUCUGCGUGUAAAGUGCAGACCAACAAGUGUGGCUCGGUGUACGGGCCAGUCUGGUCCGGCCUCAACACCUCUGUGGUGUUCGGUUAUCUGAACUUUGUCCUCUGGGCCGGAAACAUCUGGUUUGUGUUCAAAGAGACUGGCUGGCACAAGGGUGGAGCUGCACGAUACCCGACACCUGCUCCUGAAAAACACACCACCGCCUUCAACCAGCAACCCUACAACCAGCAAAACUGCAACCAGGGCACCUUCGACCAAUCAGGAGCAAGCUUCGGAGGAACCGGAGGCUUCGGCCAAUCAGACUACAGCCAGGUGGGGAGUUACACCUCAAGUGGGCCCAUGUCCUACUGACCGCACACCAUUUUAUCUUCCAAUCACACACGAGCUAAUCACAAAUGAUGUAUUUACUUAAAAAAAUCAGAAGUUCAGAAUCAGAAGUUAUGCCAGUUUUUUUUUUUUAAAUGAAUCACAAAAGGGGUGGGUUUUUUUUUUAUUCAUCUGAAGGUAUAAGUGAAGUCUGAAGGUACACACUUGGGAAAAGUUUCCCUUAAGGUUUCUUCAGAACCUGUAAUGGUUCUAUGUAGAACCCUUGCAUAGAGUAUUUUUGCUAUCAGAAAGGGCUCCAAAUAAAACCCUUAACUACUCAAAGCAUCCUUGAAGAACCUUUUUCCCGGCGAGGGAGCCCACCCCAGCCACUGGGGUCGCACAAGACAGUGCAUUCCCAGUGCUGGGCCCAUAAAAACAGUGCCAAAUCAAAUAUGAGGCCCAACCAUCCGCUGUGGUGACCCGUAAUGGGAGCAGCUGAACGAACAUCAACAACAAGAGUUUCACAUACGCAAAAAUAAAGGGGCUGGAAAUGGUUCUUUGGAACGUUGCUGUAAAAGAACCUUUGGUUUCCUUAGGAAAAUUGUGACUGAUGGAUCUUCAACCAUUUUUGUUGGUGAUACGAAGAACUAAACCUUUUUUCCACCAUGAAUGUUACCAUUAUGUCGAAGAAUCUCUGUGGUGGAAAAUGAUGAAAAAAAAUUACUCAGUUUAACAGAAAUGGUUAAAAUAAUAUCAAGGAUGGAAAUGUUCCUUAGGAAACCAAAAAUGUUAGAUAGUUAAGGGUUCUUAGCUUCCUCAAGGGUUCUACUGGGAACCAUCUCUGAUUGGGAAACAUGAAGUUAUAGGGUUCUACACUGAACCUUUAAGAGUUCCUCCAGAGGGACAACCAAAGGGUUCUAGAUUUAUUAUCCACAUUUUUGACCCCAUAAUAUAAUGCUGGUGUUUUGUGGUUUGUGCUCUUUUCUCUCUAAUAGUUUUAUAGGGGGAAAAAACCCCAGUGUAUAUUUCUGUACUCUUUAAAGUUUUCUGUAUUGUGUUGGCUUGAUGCAUGAUGUGCGACUCAAGUUAUUAAUAAAAUAAAGCCAACAAAUGUAACAGAAAGCAGAAAAAUUCAUAUUAAGUUUAAAAUAACAUGUAAAUUACAUAUAUAUAGUUGUUAUAAUUUAAGAAAAAAUAUAUUAUUAGCAAUUUCUUCCUGGUUUUAAGUCUUUAAAGAGCUUGAAUUGAACCUUGUUUUGAUGUGAUCACUGAGUUUGAUUGACAUUUUCUCAGCUGUAGCAGUUGGCUGAGAUAUAGAGACAUGAGAUGGGAUAUAACUGUGUGUCAAAACUGUUUUAAAGCCAAUGUUGUCUGUUCGCAUGUGUACAAUACACGUUCCAUCAAGUCUAGUGCACGUUUCUUGCUGUUGAUCUCUAUUUCAUACUCUCUUUUCUCUUUUUCCUGAUUUUUGUACAUCACAUGAACUGUUCUCUUUCCUAAAUGGAUAUUAUUUAAUGAAAAAAGCCAUUGAAAAAAAAAAGAAAUAAAUUAACUAGAUUUCUGUGGUUAAAAAAACAAGCCUGCUAAUAAGAUAAUUGCAAAGCAUGGCAUUUAAAAAAAGAAAAGAAAUUUAUUAUUUAUUAUACAAUUCACAUAUGCUUGCUUGUUCGAAUGUGUAUCUUUUUAAAGUUUGUUUGUCUGUAUUCAUUUUUUGUAAUUAAUCCCAUGGUGUGAAUGGUACUGCAUGUGCAUUUUGAGUAAUGCUAAUAAAGAUUGUGUACAGAGCCCGAGUCAGAUAGUCUUCUUAU